AUGUCGGGUCCUCCUAGCGCCGAAGAGCAACAUCUCUACUACUAUGGCCUCCCCUCCCUUCCCAAGCUCAUCGCACGCUCAAGCUCAAGCACCCAAACCUGGACAAAUCCGCAAAAGCCCGGAUGGUCCGCAUGGACAGGCACUUGUAACAUGUAUCGGAAGAUGCUACAGCCUGCUGGAAAGCACCCUCUGCUCCAGCAACUCUGGAAUGACGCGACUUCUUCUCUCAGGGUCCAAAUCAUAGACGCAGUCAGCGACAUGGAUUGGCAUGCCGUUGAUAUCCUGCGGGUCGGGUUUCUUCAUACGGAGUCACUUCCCCCUAUCACGCUUAUGGUGGCUGUUACACCAGACACUUUACCCUGGAGCAAAGGACAUGCUAUUGCGCUGCAAUGCAGAGCUAUUCUAGAACAGCAUGCUAUCCACGAUAUACACUGCGAAAUACGCGAAUCUGUCGUACCCUUGAGAGACUUGAUACAGGUCGACCAACCUACAUUCGAGAAGCAACUGGAGAGAUGUAAAAGAAACACCGCAUAUUAUGCCACGAAAGCUGACAGUUACUCUAAGCGCGGUCAAGUGGACGUGGCUGCUGCCUAUUGA